UCCCGGUGACCAGAGGUGUCUCGGCGCGGUCCCGGGUCCGGCGGGGCGCGGCGCGGAGCUCCGGGAGGCGGGGACCCCGGCGUCGCGCCCCGCCCUCCGGGCCCUCCCGCCCGCGCUCCCCGAGGCCGCAACGCCGCGCUUUGCUCGCGGUGCCAGCUCCGCUCCUGUUCCCCACUCGCCCAGCCCGGGGUCGCUUCCUCUUCAGCCGCCACCGCGGGGACCCUGAGGCCGUCCGCGCCCACCAUGCGGGCUCAGCUCUGGCUGCUGCAGCUGCUGCUGCUCCGCGGGGUCGCGCGCGCGCUCAGUCCCGCAACACCCGCAGGCCGUGGAGAAGGCCAAGGCUCUGGCUGGACUGUCAAGAGGACCAGUCAAGGAUGGAGUCGGAGAGCCCGAGAGAGUCCUGCGCAGGUUCUGAAACCAGGCAGGACCCAGCUAAGCCAGGACCUGGGUGGGGCCUCCCUGGCCAUUGACACCCUACCAGACAACAGGACCAGGGUGGUGGAGGACAAUCACAACUACUAUGUGUCCCGUGUCUAUGGCCCCGGUGAGCGUCGCAGUCGGGAUCUGUGGGUGGACAUGGCCGUGGCCAACCGCAGCCACGUGAAGGUCCACAGGAUCCUCUCAAGUUCUCACCGGCAAGCUUCGAGAGUGGUCUUGUCCUUUGAUUUCCCUUUCUACGGACAUCCUCUGCGGCAGAUCACCAUAGCAACUGGAGGCUUCAUCUUCACGGGUGACGUGCUCCACCGAAUGCUCACAGCCACCCAGUACGUGGCACCCCUGAUGGCCAACUUCAACCCUGGCUACUCUGACAACUCCACAGUCGCCUACUUUGACAAUGGGACGGUCUUUGUGGUUCAAUGGGACCAUGUUUACCUCCAGGGCCGGGAGGACAGGGGCAGCUUCACAUUCCAGGCAGCCCUUCACCAGGAUGGCCGCAUUGUCUUCGGCUACAAAGAGAUCCCAAUGGCUGUCCUGGAGAUCAGCUCUGCCCAGCACCCUGUAAAGGCAGGCCUGUCAGACGCCUUCAUGAUUCUCAAUUCAUCCCCAGAUGUACCAGAGUCUCGGAGACGGACCAUUUUCGAAUACCACCGUGUUGAACUGGACUCCAGCAGGAUAACCAACGCGUCGGCCGUGGAGUUCACCCCAUUGCCAACCUGCCUCCAGCAUCGGAGCUGUGACACCUGCAUGUCCUCAAACCUGACCUUCAACUGCAGCUGGUGCCAUGUCUUACAGAGAUGUUCCAGCGGCUUUGACCGCUACCGCCAGGAGUGGUUGGCCUACGGCUGUGCCCAGGAGGCAGAGGACAGGACGUGCGAGGACUUUGAGGAUGAAGGCCACUACUCAGCCUCCCCCGACAGCUCCUUCGGCCCCUUCGAUGGUGACCGCACCACCUCUUCCUCCCUCUUCAUCGACAGCCUCACCACAGAAGAUGACACCAAGCUGAAUCCCUACGCAGGAGGAGACGGACUUCAAGACAACUUGUCCCCGAAGACCAAGGGCCCUCCUGUGCACCUGGGCACCAUUGUAGGCAUCGUGCUGGCUGUGCUCCUAGUAGCGGCCAUCAUCCUGGCUGGGAUUUACAUCAGUGGCCACCCUAACUCCAAUGCUGCGCUCUUCUUCAUCGAGCGGAGACCUUACCACUGGCCAGCCAUGAAGUUCCGCAACCACCCCAGCCACUCCACCUACACAGAGGUCGAGCCGUCGGGUCACGAGAAGGAGGGCUUCAUGGAGGCUGAGCAGUGCUGAGCACAUCAGGCCAGAGACCUGGGGAUGGCAUGAAAGCAAGUCACAGCAAAGAGAAGUGAUUUUUCCUGGCCUCCUCUGAGCUGGCCAUGGGCCAGGAAGACAACGACUUAUGGUGCCCAAACUAUAGUUUGGUCCUCACACCCCAGAAGAAAGGGAUACAGCAACGCAAAGGAACAUUAACCUCAGAGUUCCCUGUUCCGGUGGGAGAAGCCUCCUUUUUGGGGUCUCUCGAUGAUCUGCGCUGCAGCUAUUAGCAGAGCCCCUCCUCACUGGAGACAGCCUGGCCACUGAAGCCCCUGCUGGGGCUACUGUAUUCUAGGGUCAGUAGACUCAAGGGUGGUCUUCCUAGCUAUGGAGUCAGUGCCCUUGACUCUAAACCCUGUGGCUCUGGAAACCUGAAGAAGGGGUGCCCUCCAUCUGAGAGCUCUUAUCCCUUGAGACAAACCAAAUGAGAAGCGAGAAAAAAAAACCUUGUGGAACUCUUGUUUUCUGGCCGUGGUCCUUUGCUUCAUCCUUUCUGCAGAGACCCAGGGCCGACAUCAGAACAUGCAGCCUGCAGCCCAGGCUGCACCCUGCCCUGUUCCUCAGCCUUCACCUUGCAAGCCGGUCUUGCAUGGCUGCCAGUAAUGAGUGGGGUGCUUACUCCACCAUGUGCCUGGUGCCCGCUUUACUUGCUGGUCUGGCCUGUUGUCAACGCCAGUAGUUUUCUUCAAAGGGAGAAGCAACUUACCUGGCUCGUAUUUCUCCUUGACUGACCUGGGUAGGGAGGGUUUAUAGCCAUUAAAAAACAAACAGGGGGCUAGAGGUUUCCUUGAGACACCCCUGCCUCAGCAGGGAGCUCCAGUUGGAGCCUGUUGAAGCACAGUUGCCAUGAAGGUGGGGCAGAGAAACCUGGCGUGGGAGGGAGGGACCUUGACCUGGAAAUUGGCCUCCAGCUCUCCAGCUCUGCAAAGAGCUUUGGGGGCAUGGAGUUGAUGCCUUCCUACUUAGCCUGGUUUUAAGGUACUUCUGUCCCUGUGAUGGGCACAUCUGCUUCCAAAGGACGAUGAAAAUUCAGCGCUCACCCUCCCUCCAAAUAACUACCAUCAGCCAAUAAAUAUGUC